AUGAGCACAACCACUUCUACUGCCACUCAGCGCGCAGAUAAUUACGCUUGCAACGAAACUCCAUCAUCAAAGACGGAAGCAGCUCUUGAAUUCGCGCAACAAGCUGAGAAGCUUGGUCAAUAUGCGCCACAUCAAGAGAGCGACGCUACCGGAUCGACACAAGCGGUUGAAGCAAGGUUUAUCACUGCGCAAGACCCAGUCAUUGAGACUGCAGAUGGUGGUCGCCUGCCUGCUGUGCCCAUAGAAGAGGCAACAAGACUCAACAGGCUGCGCAAUGUGGUCGAGAGUCGAGAUGAGUUUCCAGAUGCACCAGUCGGGCCUAAGACGCGCAUUGCAAAAGAUGGAACUGUACAUGGUCUCCUAACUGAGAAAGAGGAGGAAGGUGGACAGGGAAAGAGUGACGUUCCCCUGGGAGACUCGAAGGCGCCAUGGCAGACAAGCCCUUUGUUCCCACCUCUUCCGAUAGUGCAGGAGAGGGCCUGGAUGAAACGACACAAUUCAACGCAAAAGAGAGAGGUGGGCAAAGACUUGGAAGACCAGAAAGAAGACGAGUUUCGACCCUUAGAAGGCGGGCCUGACCCAUUGAAGUGCGAUGUGCGAAUCUAUGCUCGUCGUGUUGGGCUCGAAUGCGAGAUAUUCGACGUCCAAACUGAAGAUGGCUUCAUCAUCGAGCUAUGGCAUUUGUACAAUCCGCGCGAAUAUAAACGCACAGGCAGAUCGGAACGAUCGCCGCACUCCUCUGAAAUCUUUCCCGACAAUGGCGAUUCGGAAGGUGUAUCAGGUUCGCAGUACCCCGAGGGUGACAAGAAGUACCCUGUACUCAUGAUCCAUGGGCUGCUGCAGUCCGCAGGCGCUUACUGUACAAACGAUGACGACAGUCUUGCAUUCUUCUUGGCAAAGAGCGGAUACGACGUCUGGUUGGGCAACAAUCGCUGCGGGUUCAAGCCGCGACAUGUGUUGCUCAAAUACGAUGACCCAAGAAUGUGGGCGUGGAACAUUAGACAGAUGGGCGUUAUGGACCUUCCUGCACUCAUCUCGCGAGUGCUUUCUGAGACUGGGUUCGAGAAGUUGGGUCUCAUCGCACACAGCCAAGGCACAACCCAAACUUUUGUUGCAUUAGCAAAGGAGCAGCGUCCCGAGAUCAGCGAGAAGAUAUCGGUAUUCUGUGCUUUGGCUCCAGCAGCAUAUGCAGGCCCGCUGAUCGGCAAAGCGCAGUUCAAAUUCAUGAGCGUGAUCAGUCCCCUCAUGUUCCGGAUGGUCUUCGGGAUUCACGCUUUCAUUCCGUUCAUGAUGGCCAUGCAUAGCCUGCUGCCAGGCAAGUUCUAUGGCGACAUGGGCUACAGGGUAUUCGCAUUCCUGUUCAACUGGACCGAUGAUCGCUGGGAACGGGACAUACGAGACCGCAUGUUCCAGUUUGCGCCUGUCUACGUCAGUGCAGAGAGUAUGAGAUGGUGGCUCGGUCGUGAGUGCUUUGCGAAACAAAAGUGCAUUCUGGCUACGCGGGAGGAGAAAAACAUGGAAGAUCAGGAGGAUGAGGAGGAGGACCACAAAGCUUCUCAUGCAAUUUCUUCUGGCGUAAACUCGGACGACGACCACAAAGCCUUGGAUACCUCACAGCCGGGCACCAAUGCAUUGGACCGAAAUAAGCAUGGUAUACAGAGAAGGAAUAGUAGCAAUGCCCGCUACGCUUGGUAUGGUCCGGACACGCCACCGUUCGCUCUUUGGGUGUGUGGUGCAGACGAUCUCGUCGAUGGUCGCCGUCUCCUCCGCCGCUUCGAGCGUGGCCGCGAACCUUUUGUUGAUGUUGUGCAUUCGAAGAUCAUUGAAGGCUACGAACAUCUCGACGUCAUUUGGGCCAUGGACGCGAUCGAGAAAGUGGGGAAAGAAGUCAGGGAAGUGCUUUGGAAGACCGCACCUGAAGAAGCGAGGAAGAUUUGCCGCACACCGAAGGGCUGUGAAGAGGUCGAUGACUUCUAUCAGCGCAGAAGCAACGAGCGAGAAAACGCUACAAGACAAGUAGAGGUUACAGCAGGCGAAUGGAGCGAGAAAGGAAAGGAGCAGGUCGCUGGUGGUAGUGGAGAAGGCGACCGUGAUCUUGAGGCCGAGAUCAAGGAGACGAAGGAAAAAGUGCUUGCCGAUGAGUAG